CUCAAGUCCAUUCCACCACUCCCCCCAUUCCUUCGUUCCUUUCACUCUACGCCCAGCAUGACGAAGACAUACAUCAUGAAUGGGCUCAUCGAAAAGAUGCAGUCCUCCGACCAGGACUUCCGUUACAUGGGUCUCAAUGACCUCCUGGUUGCGAUCAAGGAAGAUCCAAACACGUUCCUUGGCGAUGAGCCCACGGAGACCAAGGUCUUGCGCCAGGUCCUGGCUCUUGUGGAGGAUAAGAUUUCUGAGGUGAAGAAUCAGGCGGUGAAGUGCCUGGGUCAGCUCAUCAAGAUCAUCCGAGAAUCCCAGAUGGAAUAUGUUGUGGAUCGACUCAUUGACUUUUCGUCUGGCAAGGACGAUGAGCUGCGCGACAUCUCGAGCUUGGCCUUGAAGACAAUUACAAUCGCGUCAAAGGCGUGUGAGAAGCUCGCGCCCAAGCUGCUAACGCAAUUGUCCAAGCCCGACACACCACCAGACACGCUCCUUGAGACGCUUUCCAUUCUAUCCAUCUUGAUCACUCGCUUCCCAGGGUACCUAGGAAAUCCGGACCUGCAGCCGCAACCCUUGACCGUGCUCACGCCAAUGCUUUCCCACUCUCGAGCGGCCGUUCGCAAACGGGCAAUCACGACUCUCGCGCAGUUCCUUCCGAGUACGCAUGCCGAGCUCUUCCAGAAACUAUUGUCGGAGAAGGUGCUUCCCGGUCUUGCACCGUCCGCGAACCUGGAAACGCAGCGUACGACUGUGCAACUUGUGGCUGCGAUCGCGCGUCAUACGCCACAUCAAAUAGAGCCUGUACUAGGGCAGAUAGUUCCUGCGACUAACAAGGCGCUGCAGCGUGAGGACGAGGAACUCCAAGAGAGCGCUCUUCAGGCACUGGAAGCGCUAGUCCUGCGGUGUCCCACAGAGAUCACACCGUUCCUGUCUUCUAUCAUACACGUCGGGACUCAAUUCAUCAAGUAUGAUCCUAACUACGCAGGUGGAGACGAUGAUGAGGAUGAAGAAAUGGCGGACGAUGAUGAUGACGAAGCCGAACUUGAUGAUCAGUAUUCUGACGACGAGGACAUGUCGUACAAGGUCCGGAGAUCCGCGACAAAGCUGCUGGGUGCUAUCAUCGCAACGCGUCCGGAGCUACUAACCACGCUCUACAAGGAGGUGUCGCCGGUGCUGAUCUCCCGUUUCGGUGAUCGCGAGGAGACGGUUCGCGUUGAAGUGUGGUCGACGUAUAGCGUGCUUUUGCAGCAAACACGCGUGUACGGAACUAGUGCACAGCAGAACGAUGCGGCCACUAUCGGUGGGAAGCGAAAACGGGCAGACGAAGGUAUGGAGGUGGAAGAAACGCCGUACACUCUGCUACGCUCGCAGGUGUCAUCAUUCGCCAAAGCACUGCUCAGCCAGCUCAAGUCGCCGAAGACGUCACCCGCUACCCUCCAAGCUGGCUUCUCGCUCUUGCACACCCUGCUCACGGUCGUUCCAAAGUCCUUGUCCUCGUAUUCUACGCAGAUCAUCACGACGAGCAAGGCUGUCCUGCUGCAAUCGAGUAAGACCAAUGCUGCGCCGCUGCAGAUCAUGUGUAUGUCUUUCGUCGGACUGUUCUUCUCGACACAUACUCCCGGUACAUUCACGGCCUCGCUGGACAGCAUCUUGCCGGUGUUGCUCAAGUCGCUCGGAGAGAAGCACCCACGGAUUGCAUCCGAGGCAUUCCGCGUCUUCUCGUCGCUCCUGAACACUAUGCGUCCGGUCAAGGGAGGUGACUGGGUUGACGUCGUCUACAACGAAGCAGUGGCAAGGCUCGGUAACCAUGACACAGAUGCCGAGGUAAGGGGGUGUACAGAGAACUGCAUUGGUGACUUGUGGGUGUGUGCGACGGAGAUCAUGAAGACGAAGCCGAGAAAGGAGUGGGAUGCGAUGUGCAGGACCACCGGCCGGACGGAGGGCGCCGUGCUUGUGGUCACACGAGUGGCGAAGGAGAUCGAGAUCGACGAUAACUGGGUAAACGGCUGUGUGAAUUGGCUUUUGACGCUGUUGAAGAAGAGCGGUCGUGUCGGAAAGAGUGAUAUGUUCACGUGCUUGGAUGCCCUGUUGAGGCGGUACAACACUGUCCCAGCAGAUCUCCCAACAACCGUUAUCCCUACGCUCAAAUCUUACAUCUCCAUCUCGGAUAUCUCGCUCAUGUCACAGGCUGUUUCGAAUAUCGCCCUGCUCUUGGAGCUAAUUCCUGCAAAUACAUACCCGGAGGUCGAACGGGAGCUCCUUCCAGAUAUCUACAACAUCGCCCACUCUCCUCUCGUUGCUGGCGCAGCAUUUGAGUCAGUCCUGGCGUUCUUCGCUGCGCUGGUGCAGGCCGACAUGGAGGUCGCCACGCAUCUCGUGCCGAACCUCGUCAUCUCCGUCGACAAGGCGCAGAAGUCCGACGCCUCCUACGCGAAUGUGGCUCGCUGUAUAGGCCAGGUCGCGAUCGCCCAGCAAAGUAUUGCAGCCGGUACGGUCGCCGAGUUUGCCAAACACCUCAAGCCCACCUCGAAAGCGAAGACGUCUCAGAUCGUGUUGAGUUUGCUUGUGAUGGGCGAGAUCGGACGUUUCAUCGAUAUGUCCUUGCAAGAGAACAUUUUCACAAGUGUCAUCCAGCGAUUUGCCGCCGAGCAGGAGGAGAUCCGGACAGCUGCUUCGUUCGCUGCGGGUAACAUCGCUGUGGGCAACCUCCACCACUUCCUCCCUGUGAUCGUGAAGAUGGUUGAGAACGACCCUACCAAACGAUUGCUUUCCCUUCAUGCAUUGAAAGAGGUCGUCACCCACUGCUCACAUGGCCAGCUCGAGACCGUCGCAGAUCUGCUCUGGGUGCCGCUGUUCGAGAACUCGGAUAACUCUGAGGAGACGACGAGGAACGUCGCCGCGGCGUGUCUCGGCAAGCUGACGACGACACAUUCUUCUCUGUACCUCCCGCAGCUGCAGGAACGCAUCACCGAUGCGAACCCUGCGUCGAGGGCAACGGUCAUCUCCGCGAUCCGGUACACGUUCGCGGAGACGUCCAGCUCGUACGACGAACAGCUCAGCGCAGUUCUCAUGGACUUCCUCGCACUGGUCGCCGACCCAGACCUGACCGUCCGGAGACUGGCGCUGUCUGCGCUCAACUCUGCCGCUCGGCUGAAACCCCACCUGAUCCGGGACAAACUGCAGAUCAUCCUCCCGAACCUCUACAAGGAGACAGUCAUCAACCCGGAGCUCAUCCGCACCGUCCAAAUGGGCCCCUGGACGCACAGAGUCGAUGACGGCCUCGAGGCGCGCAAGACCGCGUACGAGACGCUGUACACGCUGCUCGACACGUGUCUGGCGAAGCUCGACCUGCACGAGUUCCUCGGGCGCGUGCUCGCGGGGCUCGCAGACGACUCGGACGAGGUCAAGGUGAUCUGCCACAUGAUGCUCUUCCGGCUCUCGCAGCUCGCGCCGACCGCGGUCGCGCAGCGGCUCGACGAGAUCACGGGCCCGCUCGAGAAGAGCAUGAAGGGCGCGACGGUCACGAAGGACACCGUCAAGCAGGACCUCGAGCGCGCCGCGGAGCUCCAGCGCAGCACCCUCCGCGCCGUCGCGGCCCUCAGCAGGAUCAGCCCGCCGGGGCAGAGCCCCAAGUUCGACGUGUUCGUGGAGGGGAUGAAGAAGUCGCCCGAGUGGGGGUCCGAGUUUAGGGAGCUUGUCGGGGCGUGAGACGCGCGUGGGCUGGCAAAUGGGAGGUGUGCUCGCUUUCUCUUGCUUUCAACUGGCUGUGAACGAACGAACGGGGGAGAUGUAAGGUGUCGUGAGAUGUUGUAGCAAAGUUGUAUCUCUACUCAGUACAGGCGUAAUGGCAAUGACUUUCCCCAAC